AUGACAUUUAUGAAGAACGAGCUGAGGAUGUUCAAGAGGAUUCUUAGUCCAGAACUCCCAGAAGGCUUUGAGAGUCAGAAGCAGGAUAAGGAAGUGGUGGACCCUGAAGAUGAGCAGCAGGAGAGCAAUUCAGAUGAUCUUGCUGUGAUUUGCCAACGUGAACUCAAAUCUAAUCUGAAGAAGAAGUUUCAAUGUGUAUUUGAGGGGAUCGCUAAACAUGGAAACCCAACACUUCUCAAUAAGAUCUACACAGAGCUCUACAUCACAGAGGGUGGAACAGGAGAGAAGAAUGAAAAGUAUCUUGGGAAAGAAGAGACAGGUCCACACUGGAAUAAAGAGAGCAUUCUGUCACUGGGAAAACUGGCUUUUCAACAGCUUGUGAAGGGCAAUCUGAUUUUCUAUGAAGAAGACCUGAUAGAGGCUGGUAUUGAUGUCAAUGAAGCCUCAGUGUACUCAGGAUUGUGCACACAGCUCUUUAAAGAGGAAUGUGGGCUGUACCAGGACAAGGUGUACUGCUUUGUACAUCUGAGCAUUCAGGAGUUUCUGGCUGCUGUAUAUGUGUUCCUCUCAUUCAUCAACAACAAUGAGAAUCUAAUGGACAAACUGCAAACAAAAGACGAGCCUGAAGUUGCUUUCUACAAGAGUGCUGUGGAUAAAGCCUUACAAAGUGAGACGGGAAACCUGGACCUUUUCCUCCGCUUCCUGCUGGGCCUCUCACUGGAGUCCAAUCAGAAGCACUUACGAGUGGAGGAGAUCCAAAGCUACCUGAGAUCAGGAAGUCUCUCAGAACCCAACCUGUCACCUGGACAGUGGUCAGCUCUGGUCUUUGUGUUGCUGACUUCAGAAAAGGAGCUGGAUGUGUUUGACCUGAAGAAAUACUCCAGAUCAGAGGAAGGUCUUCUGAGGCUGCUGCCAGUGGUCAAAGCCUCCAGAGCUGCUCUGCUGUCACGCUGUCUAGUCACAGAGGAAGGCUGUGCUUCUCUGGUCUCAGCUCUGAGGUCAAACCCCUCACACCUGAGAGAGCUGGACCUGAGCUACAAUCACCCAGGAGACUCAGGAGUCAGACUGCUCUCUGCUGGACUGGAGGAUCCACACUGCAGACUGGAGAAACUCAAUGUGGAACAUGGUGGAGAGUACACAAUGAAACCUGGGAUUAGAAAAUAUGUCUGUGAUCUCACACUGGACCUAAACACAAUUAACAGACUCCUCUCUCUGUCUGAGGAGAACAGAAAGUUGACAUGUAGGAGAGAGGAGCAGCCGUAUCCUGAUCACCCAGAGAGAUUUGAGGACUGUGGACAGGUGCUGUGUAGAGAGGGUCUGACUGGGCGCUGUUACUGGGAGGUAGAGUGGAGUGGGAGAAGGGCUGAUAUAGGAGUGACAUAUAAAGGAAUCAGCAGGAGAGGAGGGGUUAAGGACUGUUAUCUUGGAUGGAAUGACAAGUCCUGGAGUCUGAACUGCUCUGACAACAGUUACAUUGCCUGGCACAAUAAUAAUCCCACUACCAUAGACGUCCCCUCCUCCAGCCCCCACAGAGUAGGAGUGUAUCUGGACUGGCCAGCCGGCACUCUGUCCUUCUACAGAGUCUCCUCUGACACACUGACCCACCUGAUCACAUUCACCUCCACAUUCACUGAGCCCCUCUAUCCAGGGAUUCAUAUUUGGUAUGACGGCGACUCAGUGUCUCUGUGUCAAACACAACAUGAUGUUUCACUCUAAUCAUGGUUCAGUAAGACACACUGGAGCAUCAAUGUAGAAUAUCUCUCUGUGUGUAAACAUCUCUAUCCAGGGUGACUCCUCUUCAGUGUCCCUGUGUCAAACACAACAUGAUGUUUCACUCUAAUCAUGGUUCAGUAAGACACACUGGAGCAUCAAUGUAGAAUAUCUCUCUGUGUGUAAACAUCUCUAUCCAGGGUGACUCCUCUUCAGUGUCUCUGUGUCAAACACAACAUGAUGUUUCACUCUAAUCAUGGUUCAGUAAGACACACUGGAGCAUCAAUGUAGAAUAUCUCUCUGUGUGUAAACAUCUCUAUCCAGGGUGACUCCUCCUCAGUGUCCCUGUGUCAAACACAACAUGAUGAUUCAAUCUAUUCUUAUGUGUUUAUUUAACCUUUGUUUAACCUAUAUUUAACUAGACAAGUCAGUUCUUAUUUUACAAUGACUUCCUACCCCGGCCAAACACUCCUCUAAACCAGACGAUGCUGUGCCAAUUGUGUUGCCUUUCCCGAUCGUUAUUGUAUCUGUUGAGAUACAGCCUGGGAACGAACCAGGGUCUGGAGUGACACCUCUAGCUCUGAGAUGCUGUGCCUUAGACCGCUGUGAUACAGCCUGGGACUGAACCAGGGUCUGUAGUGACACCUCUAGCUCUGAGAUGCUGUGCCUUAGACCGCUGUGAUACAGCCUGGGAACGAACCAGGGUCUGGAGUGACACCUCUAG